UCGGUUGUUUCUUCCCGGAGAAAAUAUUAAUCGUACCAGUGAAGGUUGUAUUGAACGUCUCUUAUAUUUCUGCACAAAACUAGCUCAUUAAUCGUACUUUUGUAAAAGCAGUGUUGUAGUAUUAUAUAACUGUUUGUCAAACUAGUAUGAAAGGCUCACCGGUAAGCUGUAUAACGUUCUCUCGAGUGCGGGACUUCUACAAUGAUUCGGCAUCACAGAAAGUUUCGGCAGCAUUUUUGAGCUGAUUAAAGGUUGCAAAACUGCAGUAUGAUCACUUUAGGAUUUACUCGGCUAUGACAGAAAUACUACGCAGAAUCCACGGUGGCUUUCUAAAAAUGGCUCUGUUGCCCAGCACCUUUGGAAAUAAAGCGCCUCGUCCCGCUGCCUCUGAAGUAUUAACAUGUCACCUCACGCAGCGCGCGCUGCCGCCCUGGACUUCAUUCUGCGUGCGCUACCGGGAUGUCAUCAACGACCAGUUCGGUCUGUCCAACUUCAACUGGCAGGUGCAGGGAGCGAACUACCACAUCCUUAGGACCGGUGCUUUCCCUUUUAUCAAAUACCACUGCACCAAAGCACCUCCACAGAACCUGGAGUUUGAAAAUAAGUUUUUUGGGGCAUUGAAAGUCAUCAAUCUAGGUAUCCCAUGCUUGGCAUAUGGCUUGGGUUCAUGGAUGGUAGUUGGAGUGACAGAGACAGUUCAGACCUCUGCAGGACCUGUUACUGUUUACUUUGCAUACAAGGAGGUGGAGGGUGCUCAGUUCUAAUAUCAGAGACACAAUGAGUAUUUGAAAAGAAAGAAUUGAGUUUCACAAGAAAAUGUUUGUCACAGACUGUCUGAAAACUUGUACGAAUGGCCAAGUGCGACCUGAAAUACACAAAUGCACUUUUGCACAAAAAUAAAUAAAUUAUUAAUUUUAAACUUUGGG